AUGAACCGAUGGGUUUCUGUGGCCUACACUUCUAAAAGCCUACCCACAGACGCCCGUAGUAAGUGUACCCACACAGCGACAAGCAUGCCCACAGACGCCCCUAGUAAGUGUGCCUACACAUCUACAAACAUGUCCGCAGACGCCCCUAGAAAGUGUGCCUACACAUCUACAAGCAUGUCCGCAGACGCCACUAGUAAGUGUGCCUACACAUCAACAAGCAUGUACGCAGACGCCCCUAGUAAGUGUGCCUACACAUCUACAAACAUAUCCACAGACGCCCCUAGAAAGUGUGCCUACACAUCUACAAGUAUGUCCGCAGACGCCCCUAGUAAGUGUGCCUACACAUCUACAAGCAUGUACGCAGACGCUCCUAACGCCCGUAGUACGUGUGCCUGCACAUCAACAUCCAUGCUCGCAGACGCCCGUAGUACGUGUGCCUGCACAUCAACAUGCAUGCUCGCAGACGCCCGUAGUACGUGUGCCUGCACAUCAACAUGCAUGCUCGCAGACGCCCGUAGUACGUGUGCCUACACAUUGACAUGCAUGCCCUCAGACGCCCGUAGUACGUGUGCCUGCACAUCAACAUGCAUGCCUGCAGACGCCCCUAGUACGUGUGCCUACACAUCUACAUCCAUGCCCGCAGACGACCCUAACGCCCCUAGUAAGUGUGUCUACACAUCAACAUGCAUGCCCGCAGACGCCCCUAGUACGUGUGCCUAUACAUCAACAUGCAUGGCCGCAGAUGUCCAUAGUACGUGUGCCUACACAUAUGCAUGCAUGUACGCAGACGCCCAUAGUAAGUGUGCCUACACAUCAACAUGCAUGCCCGCAGACGCCCCUAGUAAGUGUGCCUACACAUCAACAUCCAUGCCUGCAGAUGCCAUUAGUAAGUGUGCCUACACAUCAACAUGCAUGCCCGCAGACGCCCCUAGUAAGUGUGCCUACACAUCAACAUCCAUGCCUGCAGAUGCCACUAGUACGUGUGCCUACACAUCAACAUGCAUGCCCUCAGACGCCCUUAGUAAGUGUGCCUACACAUCAACAUGCAUGCCCUCAUACGCCCCUAGUACGUGUGCCUACACAUCAUCAUACAUGCCCGCAGACGCCCCUUGUACGUGUGCCUACACCUUUACAUUCAUGCCCUAA